AAAGAAAAUUGAGAAACGCGUUGCAAUUUACUUACAGCACUUAGUUUUUCUAUAAUCAAAAUGCAAAGAAAAGAGAAGAAACAGUCAAGGGAGUUAAGAAAAAGAAGAAAGAAACAGAGUUCAUUGAAGAAACAGUCCAACCAAAAUCCCAAACUAACCACCAUAUAUCUUACAGUUACAGCACAAGAUCAAACCUAAGAUGGCCGAGGUAGCAGUAUCAACAGUUGUAACAAAACUAACAGAACUACUCGUAGAACAAGCAACAUCAACAAUCUCACACAUAUCAACAGUAAGAGACCAAGUCGAAUCUCUCAAAAACCAAUUAUCAUGGAUGCAAUGUUUCUUAAAAGAUGCUGAUGCUAAACAACAAUCCAACGAACGUGUUCGAAUGUGGGUUUCUGAGAUCCGAAACGUAGCUUUCGAAGCUGAAGAAAUCAUUGAAACCCACAUCUACAAUUCAACAAUCCAAACCAAUUUCCACAACAAAAUCUCCACACUUUUUCAUCUCUACAAACUCGGUACAAAAAUUGAUAGAAUCCUCAAAAAAAUCAAAGAUAUUUCCGACAGACGUGAAAUGUACGGUGUUGUUGUCAAAAACCCUAACCCUAAUCCUAAUGACGGUGGUGACGGUGAUAAUGAAAGGUUAAGACUUUGGAGACAGCCAUCACCUUAUUAUUCUGAAGAGGAGUAUGUUGUUGAAGUUAAAGAGGAUUUUGGUUCAAUUCUUGCUCAGUUGGUUACUUUGGAACCGACAAGGCAUGUUGUUUCGAUUGUUGGUAUGGGUGGUUUGGGGAAAACAACGUUGGCGAAGAAGCUUUAUAACGAUAGUAGAAUCGCGAAUCAUUUUGAAUGUAAAGCUUGGGUUUAUGUUUCUGAAGAGUAUAAGAGGAAAGAUGUUUUGCAAGGGAUUCUUAGAGGUGUUGAUGCUCUUGCAAGAGAUGAAAUGGAUAAGUUUCCUGUGGAAGAGUUGGUUAAUAAGCUUCAUAAUGUGUUGGCUGAGAAAAGGUAUUUGGUUGUUCUUGAUGAUAUUUGGGGUAUGGAAGUUUGGGAUAGUUUGAAAUAUGCUUUUCCUAAGAGGAAAUUAGGGAGUAAGAUAUUGUUAACAACUAGGAUUUGGGAGGUUGCUUUACAUGCUGAUGGACAUAGUCAUCCUCAUCAGUUAAGGCCGUUGAAUCAGGAUGAGAGUUUUGCAUUGCUUCGUAGUAAAGCGUUUCCUGGAGCAAGCUUGAUACCGUCUGAGUUUGAGGAUCUUGCUAAGGAAAUUGUGGUGAAAUGUGAAGGUUUGCCACUUGCUGUUGUUGUGAUUGGUGGUUUGUUGUCUAGAAAGUUGAAGUCAAGUGGGGAAUGGGCUAGAGAGUUGCAAAAUAUUAGAGGGGGUUUGCUUGAGGAUCAAGGGAAGAUAACACGAAUUUUGGCUUUGAGUUACAAUGAUUUGCCUUCACCGUUGAAAUCAUGUUUUCUUUAUUUGGGUCUUUUCCCAAAGGGUAUGAACAUUCAGACGAAAAAAUUGAUCCGAUUAUGGGUUGCUGAAGGUUUUUUACCUCAAGAAGGUGGGGAAACUGCAGAAGAUGUAGCUCAGAGAUACUUGAAUGAGUUGAUUGGUAGGUGUAUGAUUCAAGUGGGAACGGUGAGUUCAUUGGGGAGAGUUAAGACGAUUCGCAUUCAUGAUCUUCUUAGAGAUCUUUCGGUGUCCAAAGGAAUAGAGGAGUAUUUUGGUGAUAUGGCAGGCUCAUCAUCGUCAACAUCUCAGCUAACUAAAUCCCGGCGGCAUUCUAUACAUUCUUGCCAGGAACGGUAUGAUUUCUUAAAACACAUUGCAGAUUAUUCGCGUUCGCUGUUCUUCUUCAAUAGGGAAUAUAAUACAUUUCUAGACAAGAACAUCUGGAUUCGUAGGAGUUUUAUGCAAGAAAGGAAAUUGGAUUUCAUCUACACAGAAUUUAAGCUCCUCAGGGUGUUAGAAUUAGAUGGUGUUCGGUUAGUUAGUUUGCCAAGUACUAUAGGGGACCUGAUUCAAUUAAGGUAUCUGGGAUUGAGGAAGACUAAUCUCGAGGGAAAACUUCCACUUUCCAUUGGAAACUUACUAAACCUACAAACACUUGAUUUAAGGUAUUGUUGUUUUAUUAAGAAAAUACCAAAUGUAAUUUGGAAGUUGGUAAACUUGAGACAUUUGCUGUUGUAUACACCGUUUGAUUCUCCAGAUAGCGGUCAUCUACGGUUGGAUACAUUAACCAAUCUACAAAGCCUACCGUAUAUUGAGGCUGGAAACUGGAUAUCAGAUGGUGGUUUAGCAAAUAUGACCAAUCUUAGGCAGCUGGGGAUAAAUGGAUUAUCAGGACCAACGGUGAACUCUGUUCUUUCUACUAUACAAGGAUUACGCAACCUUCAUUCACUGUCACUAUCUCUUCAAUCUGAAGAGGAUGAAUUUCCAAUCUUUAUGCAGCUGUCUCAGUGCACACAACUUCAGAAGCUGUCUUUGAAUGGAAAGAUCAAGAAGCUACCUGAUCCGCAUGAGUUCCCGCCGAAUCUGUUGAAAUUAACUUUACAUAAUUCCCACCUACAGAAGGAGUCUAUUGCCAAACUUGAGAGAUUGCCAAAACUUAAAAUGCUCAUUUUGGGUAAAAAGGCAUACAAUUGGACAGAGUUGAGCUUCAGUGCUGAAGGGUUUUCACAAUUGCACGUUUUGCGGCUCACUCUUUUGAAAGAACUGGAGGAAUGGAAAGUUGAGGAAAAGGCAAUGCCAAUGCUGGAGUAUAUUGUUAUUGAUCGGUGUGAGAAGCUAAGAAAGAUUCCAGAAGGACUGAAGGAUAUCACUUCUUUGAAGAAAAUUAAAAUUACAGGCAUGCCGGUAGAUUUUGAACAUAGACUUCGAACUAAAGAUUUGUUUGAGUUCAAAAAUACUCCAAUUAUAGAAUCGACAACAGACAUUUUAUCAAUCGAUUGAUUGCCGGCACAGUGUGUGCUUUUUUUGAAGUUGCCAGCGCAGUGUUGAUGGGUGAUAGGAACUUUCAUGAAGGAAUGGAAGCAUUUUCAAGUUCUGGCAUUCCACUGUACAGCAUGCAAUCUUCAUUUUUUAUUUUGGCAAUGCAUUGUCAAAUACUUACGAGUCUUUCCACUUCUCCUAUGAUCAAAGGGUUUUACUCCCUUUUAUUAAUUGGGAAUGACUUGCAAUAAAAGGGCAAUGAGUGCACAAUUAUAUUACUUCCAUAUUUAAAAGCCAUUAAAAUUCA